AUGUCUCCCGAACCACAAAGAUUCUUCAAUGACGAAACGAACGGAUAUUUCAUCAUCAAUUCUUCAAUUUUCGAGAAAUCAUUUCUGUCAUUUAGAAAGAAUCAAUGGCCAUUGAAGAAACACAACACAGCAGAAGACGAAGAAGUUUGCUCAUUUUGCCUCCCUCGCGAUAUUACACAUUGUGAGCCCGGGCAAGUCUGCUACUCUCUCACAAUCUCCCGUCUCUCUAAUGUUGUUGUCCUAUAUCCACCCCACCACACUUUUCUCUCUUUCUUCUGUUGUUUCGGAAUGCCUCCUGUUCACCUCUAUUUUUUUCGAAAAUCUUUUCAUUCAUUCAUUUGCUCACUUGUUUUAUUUUCACCAAGAAAUAUUUGGAAAAAUCGUUUUUUUUUGUUCUUUGUUUGAGUUGAAAGGCGGUGAAAUCUAGUAAUCUUGAAAAACGAACACUUGAGAGUUUUGUAUGUUUCCAGUCUUGAAUAAUUGAUUACGUGUAAGAAAUUUGAUAUUUUUAGUUUUAGUUGGCUUAGUUUUCAGUUAGUAGUACUUUUCUUUUUGGUGUGGUGUCGUUUUUCCUUCUUUUUUGCAAGCUUGGAUAAAUUAUCAAGCAAGCAAACAUUGAGAUCAAAAAAUAUCAGUUUUAUUUAUUCUUUGCUUUGCGUAAUUUCAAUCUGUCAAUUCUGUUUCAUUUUUUUUUGCUGUUUCAGUUUGAAUCAUGUCCUGGCCAGAUAUUGUCAACAACAAUUUGAUUGGUUCUGGAAAUGUGAGCAAAGCUGCUAUUUGUGGAUUUGACGGAGCGAUUUGGGCCAAAUCAGAUAACUUUGAUGUAAUUAAUUUUUCUUAAACCACCCAUUUUUUUCAAAUUCCAAUUUUUUUAGAUUGAUGUGGAGGAAGCUGUUGCUGCUGGAAAAUCGUUUGCUCAACAGGUUUGUUAUUCUUUGAUUUUUUUCUCUGCAGAAAAAAGCAACAAUAGAAAGCGAUAUGCGAUAACUAGAUUACAUAGACCAUUUCAUUUCGUUCUUCGUUCGCUUUUUUCUCAUUCAUCCAUUUGCACUCACUCCAGAAAUCCUGUCAAAUAUUGGCUUUUUCAACAGAGAAAUCGAUGAAAAAAGUGCAAUAUUUACCCAGAUCUAUCGCACUAUGCUUUUGGCAAUAAAAACUAAAAGAAAAGAGAUAAUUAUUUCAGGAUGCUCUUCUUGGAACAGGACUUCGAUUUGAGAAGAAAAAAUAUUUGGUUUUGAACGCGGACGAUGAUCGAAUUAUUGGAAAGCAAGGAGCCUCCGGAUUCUUUAUUUAUAAAACUACGCAAGGUACUUUUUUUCAAAACCAGAAAAUAAAUGGAAUUUUAUACGAAAAUCCUUAUCAAAUGUUUUUUUAUUACUUAUGCUAAAAUUUUUGUUUCAGCCGUCAUCAUCUCAAUUUACGAGCAAGGACUUCAACCAGAACAAUGCAGCAAGACAACUGGAGCACUUGCCGAUUAUUUCAAAUCAAUCGGAUACUAA